CUUUUGUGAGCAUUUUCUUCCUCUUGCGAGCUCUCUUUCCUCUUGCGCGACCAUGUUCAACUUUUUGAUCAUGGCGCUCACUGCCUUGCGAGAUCUCGGCUUGGACGCCCUAGAAUUCCUCAAGUUCCUCUUCCUCGUGGCUGUCUUUCUCGGCUUUGGCAUCCUCUUCGGGGUCGUUUAUUCGGCCAUCUUCAAUCUCACCACCGUCCCGGCGCCUCUGCAAGAAGAACCCCUCUUGCGCCGCGAUCGCCGCGCUAACGCCGCCUCCGUUCGAUGUUCCUCGUUCUCUUCGAGGCCUCCGGUGACACUCUCUGACUUCGACAUCAAGGUGAUGGCGAGGAUUUCGGAGUACAAUUCGGCCCCUCGUUCCCUCUCCAGCGGCACCUCGCUCACCAUGAGCUACCCAAGCGCCAUCGACUACACUGUGGAAAAGAUGGCCAGCUGCGGUCUUCAACCCAAAUUCCGAAAUGGCCUCAUUGUGGACUGGGAACCGAUUGCCCCUCAAGGAGCAUCGCUUGUCACUGCUGAGAUGGUUGCUACGAAGCGCCCUUCCACUCCCGUAGUUGCUGCUCCGGCAGAUCUCGCAACAGACACAUCUCCACGGGUGGGUCCUGCUAAGCCACCUCAGUGUCAUUUCGAGGCUGCUCCCGCAACCGACACUGGUCGUGCUGGCGUGCCGACUCCUACGGAAGGGUUGGUAAGUCGGGUCGUUGAACCUCUCCAGGGUGACAGCGCUGCUUCGGCAGUCGACCCUGGCCUUGCCAAUGUGCAGGCAUCUACGGAUGGGAUGGCCAGACCAAUCGCCCCGACAUGGACGCCCUCUUCUGGACCCGUGUACCUCCCUCCGCGUGAGCGGGACCCGCGGUUCACGUUGCGCAACUGGAGGCCCUCGACGGGAGUCGUGUACGAACUCCGCCAACCGCACCCUGUCCUCGCAGCCGUCUUCGCAUCGCCAGCGCCGCUUCCUCGCCCUCUCCCCGUGGUGACCGUCUCUCCGCCGUCGCCCGUGGUCUUCUCUUCGCCUGCGCCGGUGGUCUUCUCUUCGCCGUCGCCCAAACCCGCACCCGCACCCGCACCCCGUCCUCUGCCGGCAACUCCGGCACCUGCCGCACAUAUCUCCAGGCCGCCGCGGCACACCAGGUCUCUGGCAGCCGCUAUCUCCCGCCCCCGCGCUCCGAUCUCGACCCCGGCUCCAACAACUACUGCUCCUGCGCCUGCUCCCAUCCCGGCUCCAGCUCCCGCCCAAGGCCAACUGGCCAACCAGAACUGGAUGGCAUCACUCUCCGAGACCCUCGCCCUCACCCCCCAGAAGCUGGGUUUGACUGAAGAUCAGCUAAUGGCGUGGGAGACGCCCUCCCUGCUGCCGGCCAGCCUUCUUCCCGACGCCGCCGCCGAAGCCGCCGCGCAGCAAGACGCCAUGACCAUGACCCAGCGCUACGGCACCCUCGCGCGGGACCUGAAGCGCGCCGCCGUCCUCCUGCGCCUGCAGCUCCAGCGCGUCCCUGCCGGCCGCUAUCCCGCCCGCAACCAGUUCCACAAGAUCUUCAGGCCCUUGCACGAGGCCGCCAAGGCCUUCAACGUGCUCAAGACCGUCGAGGGCGCGCGCAACGCCGCGGACUUUGGCGAGUUCAAGAACGCGGUGAAGUUCUUUUCCGACCAUGUGUUGACGAUGGGGGAAUAUGAGGAGUGCCUUGUGCACUACGAUGGGGAGGUGAAGGGAAAGGGGAAGGCGGUGAAGGUGAAGGAUGCUGCCGCCCAUGUCCGCAAGUUCUUGGGCAUUCAGCCGCCCAAUGUUCUGGAUCGGCUUGGAUUGGCUUGAGGGCCAUGGGUUCUGGGGUGUUUGGGGUUUCGGUGGUGUUUUGGGCUCUGGAGCUUUGGCUCCCUUGAUCUCCUCUUCUUGCUUUCUGUUUGGGGUCGGGGUUCUUCUGUUCGUUUUUUUCUUUCCUGUCUGGUGUUUGCGACUGGAGGGUUAGAGUCGCAGUGCCUUGACUCCCCCAUCAUGGGGUUGAGUUGGCACUGUUUGACUCGCCCCCCAGUCGCAGGGUUGCUCUCGUGUGGGCUGUUCUAGGGUUAGAGCUGCAGUACUUGACUCCUUCUUUGGGGUUGAAUCGGCACCGCUGGUCUCGCCUGAUAUCUUUCUAAUGCUUUGGUUUUGUUUUGCUGAGUAC